UGUCAAAAAUUUUAUUUGAAAAUUUUGUUUAUCCUUCGCAAGACGAGUACAAACUUGCUACUGAAAAAUAUUUAAAAGACAAAAACCUGGAAUUUAUAUGCCAGUUCAAAAAAAAUCAAUGGAUUAUUUUUUUCAAAAAAAAAAUUGCCCUUAGUAUAACAACAUAGAAGCAUACGAGAGACGUUCACGUCUAGAGUCAAAGAUGUUAUGUAUUCUGUUUUUAAAACAACUGGGCAUAAAUUACUGUCUAUUAACACUCAGGCUAGUCCGUCAAAGAUUCAGGAAUGGAAGAGUAAGCCGAAGGUGAAAAGAUGUUACAACAAUCUAUUUAAAAAGGUUAAAGAUGGGCAACCUAUGACAUAUAUGUCACUGAUAAUUGAUAAGUUGCGAAAAGAAAAUAAAAAUCCCUCAAAAACACAAAUAGCGUAUGCGAUUAGCAUAUGUGAAACGUACUUAAAUCCUAAUAAUCAAAACAUUCAAAUGAGCGAAAGUAUAAUGAAGUCGAAGAUAAUCAACAACUUAUUGGAAAAUAGGGAUAAAUUUACACAUUCAGAUAAUGAUUCUCAUGAUGGUAAUGAUGUAGAUGAUAGUGGUGAUAGAGCAGCUGAUGAUGAAGCAGGUGCGGCUGACAAUGGUGUGACUAACAAUGGUAGGCCUAAUGAUGAUGCAGCUAACGAUGGCAUAGCUGACAAUGAUAUACUUUCUAGUGACUCUUAUAACACCGAGGAAGAUGGUCAGUAUGUAAAUAGUUUAAUAGAGAAUUAUGAGUUGCGUAAGAAAUAA